AUGAAGCCUGCAACAGCUACCAAAGAAUCUUUUCUACUACCCAAGUUGAAGUACAAACACAAAUCUCCCGUUCAGACUGAUCGCUUCAUUUUCUACGACGUCAAAUUCUAUCCGUAUUCGAGUCCGACGGAAGAGGAACCCAUCUUUGCGGUUUUGCAACAGAAGGGAGCCCUUAUUUACCGAAUCUCAUCAGAGCCUAGCCACUUCUUGACAACGCUACAAAAUGUGGUGGAUCAGCAGGAGAUGGACGACGAAUCCUCUCCCGGUCUGAAUUCUUGCUCUUGGUGCUACAUUGACCGAGAAAGGCCUUUGCUCGCGGUGGCUGGCGGCACGGGUCAAUUGAAGAUCAUUGAUGUCCUCGAAGGGGACCUGUUCACCACGUUGUCAGGCCAUGGAUACGGGGUUAUCAACGACAUUGCUACUCACCCGCUAUACCCCUGGAUUGUGGCCACCGCUUCGAUGGAUAAGAGCCUUCGGAUAUGGGACCUCCGGCGUUACGCCAGCCCGCACGAGUCUUCCACCAUAAUCAUCUGCGGUCAGGCAACCGGCCACUGUGAAGGUGUUCUGACCGUCUCAUGGCACGCAAGUGGCCGUUACUUGGUCUCUGGAGGCCACGAUCAGCGAAUAUGUGUGUGGACAAUGCCAGACUUAUCUGACGGCUCGUCCUUCUGGCGCGAGAUAUCGCCACAGUACAGAAAACGAAGCUCCAACGAAGUUUACACCAUCUAUUAUCCUCAUUUCACCAGUUCAGCUGUGCACUCUAAUUUUGUGGACUGUGCAAGAUUUUACGGCGAUCUGAUCAUGUCAAAAGCUGCGAAUGAGAACAAGAUAGUUUUGUGGAAAAUAACGGGGUUCGAUUCUAGUCAGCAGCCUCCUACUUCGGUCACGGCGCCAAAGAUCGAAGACUACCUAGACACUCGCAAUGGCUUCAUGCGCAAGUUCAUACGACGGGACGAUGGACUCGUUGACGUUGAGGUAGCGGAAGAAUACGAUGACGAACCAUUGUAUGAGAGGCUACUCGAGUUCGAGACGAACGGAGCCGAACAAUUCUACCUUCGAUUUGGCCUUCUAUUGCCCUCGUUUGCACAUCCGGAAGUGCACCCUGUUUUGGCCUUCGCGAAUGCGACAUCCGAGCUACGCUUUUGGGAUCUUGAGCGCCUGUCGCUGGGACACGCUGGAGGACUGGACGAACAUAAGGCUCCAAAGCCCAAGAAGAAGUACAAGGGUGUGGCACAGCACAUUCGACCACAGGAUCGUCUGAACCGUGCCACCGCGACAUCUCAGAAUCCCAUCCAUGAAUCCUCGCCAGCCUCCAUGAGUUCCAAUACAAGGCAUACCUCUACAGAUGCCACCAGCGAGAUUUCCGAGGCAAAUGCAUCCUCGUUCGCUUCUAGGGAUCACGAUCGGUAUCCCAUCCAUGAUGCUCACGACCCCAUCAGGCCCCACGCUAAAGUGUCUCUGCUUGAGUUGCAGUUCAAAAAUCAGGCCUAUUUCAAUGCCAGAGCCGCCGACUGGAGCCCUUGUGGAAAAUGGUGUGUUGUUGUGGGGGAAUCAGCCAGAGGUACUGAGCAAGGCAUGGAAGGCUUUGGAGGGUUUGCUGUACUUCAGCGAUGA